UUCACGAAAACAACAUGGCAGCCCUGUGUCGAUGUGCACGUUUUUGCCUUUCAAAAGCAAUUCAGUUGCCUCUAAGACCAGUAUUUUCUUCGAAUUCCAAGAAUUUUAUAUGGGAAAACAAAUGUCGACCUUCAAUCUUUUCAAUCGACAUAAGAAGACACUAUGUGCAGCCUGCAUCCACUGAGAAUAAUGAACAAGAAAGAACAUUUAGUACAAGACAAACUGUGUCUGACCAACCAAUGCAAGCACUUGGAGAUUUUGUGCAUCAAUACAGACGAAGCAGACAGGAUUAUAUUCAAAACUGUAUAACUAGUUUUCAGGAAAAAGGCUUAGAAAAUAUUGAAGAUGGUAUGUUUGUACUUAGAAGUACAGGUGAACCUCUCUCUCAGCUACAUCCAGAUAACAGAAUGAAAUACACAGAUAUGAUAUGGGAUUGCAUACAGAAAAGUGGAUUGCCGUUACAGACAUCAUACUUUAAUAAUUUGCUGAUGGUAUACUUAGAAAAUCAACACAAGUUUUCCCCACCAGACAUUCUUACUGAAAUGGAUAAGGCAGGAUUAAAACCAAACAGGGUGACAUUUCAACUAAUACUUGCACAUUAUUGUGAAGAAGGAGAUGUAGAAAAAGCAAGUCAAAUUUUGGAACAUAUGAAAGAAAUGAAAGUUCCACUAACAGAUACAGUUUUCAAUAGCUUAAUCAUUGGACACUUCAGGGCAAAUGAUGUAGAGGGUGCUGUAAAUAUGUUAGAAUUGAUGAGGCAAUCUGGAUUAGAGCCAACAUUGGAAACAUACAAUUCAUUAUUACAAGGUUAUAUAGAAAAAGGAAAUACAGAAGAAGUUAUGAAAAUGAUUUCACAACCACAAGGACAAAAAAUAUCAUUUCUAAGUAGUCAGUUACUUGAUGCCAUUGUAACAGCACUGAAUCAUGGCCAUGAAGAACUUGCCUUUCAAAUCUUUGAUUCAAUGAAAGACUCAACCAUGCUUAGAGGAAGGGGAACAAAUUUAUUAAGAAGCUGUAUACAGAGAAUGGCAUAUCAUGGGCAUAUUGAUGCUACUUUGAAGAUGUGGCAGGAUGUUGUUCCAGUGGAAAUUAUAAAUAGGGAAAUGACAAAGUCAAUUAUUUUAAAUCUGGAUCCUGAAAAACAUAUUUCAGCUUUAUUAAACAUACUAAAAGACCAAGAUUCGAUGGAUAUGGAUUACUGCAUCAAAUUGUGCUGUCGAGAACAAAAAUUUGAUUGGGUAUUAAAAUUUUUAGAAAGAGCUAAUACUGUUAAAUGUUUUGAAGAAGGCCAUAUAAGAUUUAUUUUUAAAUUGUUUCAAGAUGACAAAGAAGCUUUACUUCAAGUCACAGAUGUAUUGGCAAAGACUAAAAAUUUGAAAACAAGAGGAAAUAUUGGUCAGUGUUUAUCUAAAUACAUUAUACCGACUAUUGUAAAAAAUGAUGAAUCAGUGGAAGACUUUUUGGAUGAGAUGAAGGCAAAAGGUUAUCCAGAGGAAGACAUUGAUUCUUGUACUUUUGGUCAUUUAUUGAACAGUGAUGUAGAUAAGGCUUUUGAGUUUGCAAAGGACAAAAAGAUAUUAAUGUUCCCUGAAAUGCGUCAAAAGUUGACCAACCUAGAUAUGACUCAGCAUUGGAAAGCUGUUUUGGAGGUUAUGUCAAGAUCUCCAGAUAAGUUUUUCAAGAACAAACUACAGAUGUUAGAAUAUAUAUUGGACAAAAAUCCAACUAUUUUGAAAGACAUCGUGGGUUAUUAUAAAUCAGUGGGCAGUUUUCUUGGUUAUGGUGCCAGAGAUAUGUUAAGACAGAGAGGAAUUAGUAUUGACAGAAAUAUGAGCAGAUGGACAAAUUAUACAGACCCUGAUGAGUCAAAGAAGAGAAGAGAGAUAGUUCAAAUGAUUGAUCAAUUUAGAAAUCUUUUUGCUGAUCAGAAAAUAGAUGAAGCUGAAAAAGUAUUACAUAGUAUAGAAGAUACUGGGGUGAAAAUACUAUCAUCAUAUGUUAUACGUGUGGCAUUGAGGAUAUAUUCACUCUACAGGAAAAAUUUGUUACUUAGUUUGAAAUAUCUAACUAUUCUUGAAACUGAUUUUCCUGAAAGCCAAUACUGGAAUGAAUUAUUAAUGACUUCUGGAUUACUGAUAAAAGCAGGACAAUUUGAAGAAGUAAUGCCUCACAUUAAGUUGUAUGCUGACAGAUGCAGUAUGAGUUUACCGCUUCAAUUUAGAACUGAUGUUUUGGAGUUCCUUGCUGAAAGUAUGGCUGAAAAACUUGAACCGGGUGAAUCAGUUGACUUUCUAUUAAAACUGAGUGAUAUCUCUUUCAUACAAAAAAAUACUGAGGUUUUGAUGAUGAAGUUUUUAAUGAAAGAAUACAUGAAAAGAGAUGAUCCCACUCUUCCAAGGAAAAUAGUUGAUCUUGUAAUAUCAAGAAAGAAUUUAGGGAUGAUGUCAUUGUUUCAAAUGUUUAAUUUCUUCAUUGUAAAGGAGGAUAACACAGCAUUACAAGAAGUAACUGACAUUUUUAUAACUCAACACAGUCAAUCAUAUGUACUUGUGAACCUACUUGGUUCUCUGGUUUACAAUAAUAAAGUACAGCCAGCAAAAGAACUCCUCCAGACUGAAGGGUUAAGAAGUAAUGAUAAGAGUUUCAACUAUCUUUGUGCUGAAUUCAUCCGUGACAAGAAGAUAGAGGAAUUGGUAACUUUGGUACAAUUGACAGAAAAACUAUCAGGAUGUAAUAGAGAUCUGAUGUUAUGUAACCUAAUUAGAGGAUAUGUUCAGAUUAAGGAUUUUUCAUCAGCAAAAGAUGUCUUGAAAAUGUAUGCUGAAGAGGAAGUUAAACCAUCUGCAGAGACAAUCAAUUAUUUGAAUAAACAGCUGGCAGCAAAUGGAAUGGAAAAAGUUCAAGAAUUACAGGUAGAAGAAAAAAGUUCUAGUCCGGAUAGUGAACAAAUAGAUCAAAUAGACAGUUCAUCAAGUUCUGACAGCUCUGAUUCUGAUGAGGAAACUAGUAAAAGUAGUUGACCUGGUUGACCUUUAGGAUGUUUAUUACUUUGUUUGUUUGUGAUAUUCAAUAUGCAGGUUGAAAAGUUAUGAUGAUGAUUUAUUAAAAGUGCUAUUCUGGAGAUAUUUCAUCUGAGGUGUGAAAGAAGAAAAACAUUCACCAAAAUUGUAGAUCAUUUACUUAUCAUACUUAUUGAUUUAAGUUCAUUUGUUAUAACUACAUGACUGUGGACUCCUUCUUAAAGGUCACGUGCUAAAUAUGACUAUCAUCAUUAGCUAUGAAUUAAAAACUGAUAGAUACAUGAUGAAGGGCCUGUUCUUGAUGUCCAUCAACUCAAUAUGGUGGCUUAAUUAUCAUCAACUAUUCACUUCAAUCCCUUCAUUGUAGCUACAUGACUGAGGACUUAAUCUUGAUAGCCACACAUGAAUAUAGUUUUAUCAUGGUUACAUAACUGUAGUCAUGGACUGAACACAUUAAUGGCUACAGAACUGAGAACUCAUUGUUCAUCAUGAUUGACAGAAAAUAGCUUUUUGUAAUUACUUAUUGCUGCUUUAUCAAGCAAUCAAACUGUAUCAUAUAUACAAUAAUAAGUUAUAAUGUAUAAAAAGAACAUAGUACAAUGAUCUUAUAUCUCAUACACUGAUAUUUUGUUAAAAGUAGUAAUUCGUAAACUUAAAUUUACAAACUACAAACAUAAUUGAACCAAUCACUUGGUGUCUGUCUAUCUAAACUUAUACAUUGUCAUCUGAGAACAACUGAAUGAAAUGCUUCUUUUUUAAUUUUAAACAAUUUUAAUGUCAGAUGUUUUACCUUUGUGUCUGUGAACAAAAAGGGCUGUUAUUUUCCAUACAGAGAUGUUUCUAUUAAAGAAGUUUUCCUUCUUUACAAAGUUACAACAUCAGUCCUUGGCAACUCAGGUAUGCCAUUGUUGAUUAUAAAUGAUUGGUUAGAAUUAAAAGGAACCUCUUCAUAUGCAGUAAACAAAUUAAAAAACAAUCCUGACAGAAAUUGUGUCAAUCCUUAUCAAUUCCUGGUGAAGCAUACCUAACAAGUAAAGGUAUUAAAACAGCAUGGAAUGUUACAUUAAAAGGUUUGUUUUACAUUUGUCAGUCCAUUGACUUAAACUAACUUAAAUUAAAACAUUGUUACCACUGGGUUAAAACAGAAGUAACCAUUAUGUGAGUGUGAAAGGAGACAAACAAGCACUGCAACUACCAUGAAAUGCACAUUUUUAAAUGAUACAAGAUAGUUCAAGAAUUGUGUAAUCAAACUGUUAAAGGAUUUAUGUAUUGGGUAAGCAACUACAGGUUCCUUCCAGAAAAUAAUCAUAGUAAACAAAAAAUACUAGUAAGAAAUACUUUUUAAAACAGAUUUAUUAAUGAAAUUAUUGUAAAUAGAAACAAGUUCACUCAUUGUUUGUUAUUGAUGUUAGUAUGGAUUUGUUAAUAAUGUAAAUGUGUUAAAUUACAAAUUGCAGAUUCAUUUUUUUAAAUAAUUUUUAUGAAUGAA